AUGAACACGGACGUCCGAAGACGCAUGGGGGUGGCCCCGAUUGCAGACAAGAUCCGAGAGGCCCGCUUCAGAUGGUACGGACAUGUUGUCCGCGGUAAUGAGCACUUGGUGGCCAGGACUGCUCGGUAUCUAAGCCCAUGGGGGAAGAGGCCCCCGAGGAAGGCCAAAGAAGCGGCGGCUCGACUGGAUGAAAGAAGAUAUGAUGCACGUGGGCGUGGCGCCAGAGGAAAAAGAAGAGAUGGCCAGGUACAUCAGUGUUGCUUACCUGGGGAACGUCUGGCAUCAGGAUGCACUGUGGGAAGAAGUUUGUUUGUCUCAGAGUCAGAGAGCCGUGUCUCUGUGCAGUCAGAGGUUUUUGUACAGCGGCUCAAUGAGUUUGUAUCACUGUGGUGGACGUUUGGUGGAGGAACCAGACUGGAUGUUGGAAGUGAUACUCGUCCCAUCCUGACAGUGCUGCCCCCCUCCAGUGAGGAGCUGCAGCAGGGCAAUGCCACAAUCACAUGUCUGGCCAACAAGGGCUUCCCCUCAGACUGGAGGCUGUCCUGGAAGGUGGACGGCAGCGGCAGCAUCAGCUGGGAGGAGAGCAGGAGCCCUUUGGUGCUGCACAAGGACGGCCUCUACAGCUGGAGCAGCACCCUGAGGCUCCCUGCAGAUCGGUGGGGGAAGGUGGGCUCUGUGACCUGUGAGGCCACCCAGGGCUGCCAGACUCUGGUCUCAGAGCCACUCAGGAGAGACCAGUGUUCCCAGUCCUGACCUGCCUCAGUCUGAUGUUGUUUUUACUGCUCAGUCUGCACUCUGUAACUGUCUAUCUUCUAUUAUAACAAAUAAAGACUAAAACAGUUUCUUUCUCACAACAACAACAUUUGUGUUUUCAGAUAAUAAAGAUGUUUUGCAAAGUAAA